AUGUCGGCCAUCCGUAGGCCUUUGCCUCUCAAUCUGGGUGAAAGUCGUCGUAUUCCCGGUGUUAUUUUGCCUGUUGAAAUUGGACCAAGUACGCAGUUAAGUAACCGCACCGAUGUCAUAAUAAACGGUCAAAAGGUAACAAUUGACGCUAGGGAUUUGGAAGUAAAAGAAGAACUAGGCCGUGGUGAAUAUGCAAGAGUGCAUAAGAUGUUUCAUCCACCAAGCAACUGUGAAUUUGCCGUUAAACGACUACCCUUCGAAAUCGAAACUUCGGAUAGAUCUCGGAUUUUAAAUGACUGGAACGUUAGUAUGCGAACCAGCACAUGCCCCUAUGCGGUGCUCUCCUACGGCGCCCUUUCAGUCGGUUGUGAAUUCUGGGUUGUCAUGGAGCUCAUGGACGAUUCGUUGGACAAAUUCCUCCAAAAAGUGUAUGCACAAGGCAAGGUGAUCCCAGAAAAUCUCCUCGCCUACAUCGCUUUUUGUGUGGUCACGGCGCUGGAGUACCUCCGAAAAGAUCUCGUCACAAUGCAUCGUGACGUCAAGCCUUCAAAUAUUUUGAUUGAUCGCGCCGGUCACGUAAAGGUUUGCGACUACGGGGUGUCGGGUGAGCUGAAGAACUCGAUGGCGCAGAGCAACACCGGCACGUGUCGGUACAUGGCGCCGGAGCGCAUCGACCCCACCCGGAGUGCUGGCGGCGGGUUCCGAAUUCAGGCGGACGUCUGGAGCCUCGGUCUGACUCUGCUCGAACUCGCCACAGGCAAGCACCCCUACGAAGGUUUCGUUAACCAAUUCGAACUUCUCAAACAUGUGGUCCAUGAAGCGCCCCCUCAUGUCCCAGAAACCGUUCCCUACUCACAGGACUUCCGUGACCUGGUAUCUCAGUGCCUAGUGAAGGAGGAGUCUGCUCGCGCCAAUUACUUGCGCCUCCUUGAGUCACCCUUCCUUCGGAGUGUCUGCGUGGAGCGCGAUGCACCCCUCAUGGCCCAGUUCGUCAACUGCAUUCUAGAUCACCGAGCGCCUUCUCUUUAA